GUUAGGUUUGAAAACCGUGGUACUUAAAUAGCUUGAACGCCUCUUGGACGGUUGAUAUCGGACACAAUUGUCCCUCAGAGCAUCUUUCCGACGUUUUCCAGCUCUACACUGUCGACACUCACAGAUAAGGAUGCAGGUGUCUCUCGCGUUUCUCGUCUCCAGCUCCAUGCUGCUGUUGCUACAAGGAUGUUGUACGGCUGUGCAAGGAUGGAGGGUACUAAAGAACGAUGCCACGGAGAACAUACCAGAAUUCACAGAAGAAACACAGACACCCAAGGAGCCAAUACAGACAUCUAACAAUAAUACAAUGAAUAGAGCUAAAAACGGGGGAAGGAGAUCGUCUGUGAACACACCAACAUAUAGUCCCUCGGAGCUGAGCUGCAGAGAACUGCGUUCCACGCGUUACAUCACAGACGGAUCCUGCCGAAGUGCCAAGCCUGUCAGGGAGCUGGUUUGCUCGGGCCAGUGCAUGCCCGCCCACCUCCUCCCCAACUCCAUCGUCCGCGGAAAAUGGUGGCGAAGCAGCGCCUCCGAUUACCGCUGCAUCCCCGCCCACUCCCGGACCCAGCGGGUUCAGCUGCAGUGUCCCAACGGCAACAGACGGACUUACAAAAUCCGCGUGGUCACCUCCUGCAAGUGUAAGCGCUACAGCCGCCAUCACAACCAAUCAGACGCCAAGGAGACUCCCAAGCCGCAACGACGCAACAAGAAACACUCCCGAUUGGCCGCCAAGAGCCGGAAUGAGAACAACACCCCGACGCAGCUAGGCAACUCGUACUGAGGAUGCCACAGUCCCUCGGUUACAAGGACAGAGACCAAAGCAGACAUGUUCACACCACAAGUACACGUUACACACACUCCAACACAACUCCUUCACUGGACGCAGGAGAAGCAAAGACGUUUCAAGAAAAAAGGGAUUUGUAAAAUAUUUUGUUGGACUGAUUUGAAAAACAAAUGCGUGUUAAUCAAGAAACAGGCACUAUACUUUUGUUGCCCAUUCUUUUGUUUUUUAAAAUCUUGUAUAGAUAUUUGAGAACUUUUUAUUAGCAUGACCAAAUGUGGAGGCCAAGAAAUCCAAGCAAAACUAUGUGACUGGUCAGAAGACUUGAGUUGAAUUUUCAGCGCCAGUUCACGUGAAGGUCUUGGGAAAGUCCUGUUGGACUCUUAACACGGAUAGAAACCUCUCUAGCGCAGUGAGAGGUGUUCCAAAGACUUUAAAUCCACCUGUGAAAACACCCAGAGGACACACCACAGCGCUUGUUAAAGGUGGAAGGUGUAUCUCAGCUCCAGCCAGUUGUAAUCCAUCUCUGUGAGGCUGGGUGUAGGGGUAGCACGUGUCAACCCUGGGGGCUCUCAGGCUCUGGAGACAGGCUGCUGACAGGCCAGUGAGGCCCUGCCCUCCAGCCCGGAGCAGCCAGCGCCUCUGACAGGCUGGGGAGCACCUCACUCAGCAGGACUCUCCCACAGCGCUACGCAGUUUGUAGCAGCCUCACAGCAUCUGUCAGUUAGCUAGCUAGGCCUCUCUCCCACUGGCCCUGAUAGAGAGAGGGCAGGAGCCAGAGGAGAAAUGAGGGGACUUAGAGGGAGAGAGAGAGAUAGAGAUAGAGAGGGAGAGAGAGAGAGAGAGAGAGGUGGAAAAGUUGUGUCAGCACUCGCAUGGCCUGGGUCCCUGCGGUCAGAGAGGCACUGGGCAUUCCGGUGACUUGUCUUAAUGACUAAAUGAGCCCAUUCCUGUGUUUAGGAUUUGAGCAUAAAAAAAAGCAAUUUCCUCUAGACUUGGUUAGUUCCUGUUUGUUGGAAAUAACACAAAAAGGCCCACAUGUGUGGAGGAGGCCCAGCAAUUGUGCCGAUUUGUUACCUUGAGGCAGAACAUUCUCUGUCAGAUAGCAUUGGCAGUCAUUUACCCAUAGCCCAAUCCAUUAUGUUAGCCUGAAGCAUUCACUUCACUUGACCCCCUUCUCUGAAUAGCACAGACAGGAAAGAUAGGAAUAAAAUAAAGAAAUCUGAAUUGUUUUGGCUGUUAAUAUCUCACAUGUUGCAGACAGGAAAUUAUAUUUGGGAUCAAAAUAUCCAAUGCCUACUUUCUCAGCUAUACUAUGGAUUUGCUUAUAUUUACAUAAUGAAGAAAUAUUAAAAUGUUUCCAUCUAUUAUUUUCAAUCCAUUGUUUCCACUCAUAUUGCUUCCUUGUUUUGGUUUGAUAAACUGUACGGACAAUGUUUGCUUCUUUUUCAAUUGUGUGUUUGAAAUAGCAACUGGAAUUGAUUUUGUCACGCAAGCAGAGUUGCCACAUGUAGUCUUAUUGUACAUUGUGUACCUGUGUGGUCUUUUAGGGCAGCGACCCCACAUUACAGGGUGCAAAGAGAAGGGAGACGCGCACCCACUCGAAGAAGGACUGUUACAAAGAAUGAACUGCAUAUUUAUUUUUAUUUCCACAUUUAAAUUAUUUAUUCAACUUUUUGUAGUAAAAGAUAGCCAUUAUUGUCAUAUAGAAUGAUAGUGACUUUGAAACCAAAUGAAAUAUUGUACAGUACAUGAAUAAACUAAAGGCAGAUAUAUUUGAAA